ACGAACAAUAAUAAUAAUUUGCAGCUUGCGCAAUUCAGCUCAGUAGGAGACUGACUUCGCAUCGCUGCAAUACGGCAAUCGAAAGUGAAAACGUUAACGCGGAACGUUAACGAGGGUACUGAAGCAAGGAUUUUUAUACAAAACAAAAAGCAAUAACUUUUUAAAGCAAAAUGAAAUUCGGCGCGGCAGAGGAAGCUGAAAUCGAUGAAUUAUAUGAAUGGUUCCAACAAAAUCCAAAACUGCCAAAAGAAAUUGAUCGCAUACUUUUGAAACGCUUCUAUAGAUGCAUGUACGGUGACAUAAAAGGCACCAAAAAGCUCAUACAAAUUAAUUACGGCCUGCGAAAUAAGCACUCACACAUUUUUCUGGAACGUGACCCAACCGAUUCAGAUAGCAAGCAAACUUUCGAUUAUGCUGAUUUGGUGCCAUUACCUGGUCUUACUGCAGAGGGCUACAAGGUGAGCUGUUACCGCAUGGUUGACAUGGAUCCGGGAAAGGUCAAUCAUACCGCCGAUACUAAAGCAUUUUUUAUGGUCUCUGAUUGUCGGUUCAAUAUGUAUGAUGGCGAUGUUUCCACCGAGGGGCAUUUAGAAACAUUUGCCAGUGGUGAGGUGCAAAUAUUCGACAUGAACGGCUACACAUUGAAGCAUCUGAGUAAGAUGACCUUCAGCACACUGCGUAUUUACAUGGCCUUCUUGCAAGAGGCACUACCAGUGCACUUAAAAGCUAUACACAUUAUCAACUGUCCGUCCUAUUUGGAUAAAGUAGUGAGCAUCAUGAAACCAUUUAUCAGUCGAGAAGUCUUCAAAUUGAUUCAUUUCCAUACCGUCAGUUUGGAUAGUCUGUACGAGCAUGUGCCUCGUAGCAUAUUGCCGGAGGAAUAUGGCGGAAAUGGUGGAAAAUUGGCGGAUUUAAAAGCACAACUUAUGGCGGAAUUAUCUCGCAAGCGCGAGUAUCUGAUGGAUCCAAAUCAUUGGAAGGUUGGUGGAGAGAAGGAAAAUGCAGAACGACGUCGUUGGCCAUUUAAAUAAUAAAUAUGCUCGUCGAAUUCUUCACAACAAUUCUAAAUGUAUAAAUGUAUUAUUUUAUCUUAAAUGAAUAUAUAUGUGAAAACAAAUUUGUAUUAAGCGCUUAUUAGGAUUUGAAAAAAUUUAAAUUUUGAGAAAUAUGGUUAUGAAAUUUACAAAUUUUUACUCUCAAAGAUAUAUACAUAUAUCUAAAUAAACACUCUUCUAAACAACUGA